AUGAGCGCAGCUACUAAAGCCACCCAAGAGCCCAUCGCCCAGACCAACCUUCGGCAGAGACGCGGCGCCCAGGCUGAGGAUGAAAACGAAAGUCCAACAGCUCAAGACGGGAUCGUCCAUGCGGCCGCGCAAGACGAGCGAUCGGAAGGUCAGGAACAAGCCAAGAUCAGACAGGCCAAAAAGAGCUAUGGCCGCACUCCUGACGGAACCGUUUUCACGGUACCCACCACCCACGACAUGGUCUCGCAGCUUCUUGAUCCUCGCCAGCCCAAGAACUUGAGCGAUAUCAUCGUGCUGGCCAUUCUGGGCAUGCACAUACUUGCCGCCUACGCGCUGCCGUCUCACCUCAAGCGCCCCGUAUUUGCCGCCAUAUUCAUCUUCUGGCGCGCCUCGUACAACAUCGGCAUCGGCAUUCUCCUGCACGUCCAGUCCCAGCACAGGCUACUCGUCGUCAAGGCCAAGAAAUGGGGCCUGUUUGAGGAUCCUGCAUCCGGCAAGAAUCCCCGGCCGUGGCUCUAUCACCUUCUCAAACGCGAGCUUGAGGCCAAGAUCCCCGAGGACUACAAGAUGGAGGAGGCCCCUAUCGAGUACAAUACCUGGCUUCUUUUCCGUCGCGUGGUCGACCUGAUCCUCAUGUGCGAUUUCGUCUCUUACUGUCUCUUUGCCGCCGUGUGCGGCUCUACUCCAGCCGGCGAGGCCCCGUGGGCCACCGUCGCCCGCUGGGUCACAGGCUGGGUGCUUGUUGGCCUCAACUUGUGGAUUAAGCUCGAUGCUCACCGCGUCGUCAAGGAUUUUGCCUGGUACUGGGGUGACUUCUUCUACCUCAUUGACCAAGAGCUCACUUUUGACGGUGUUUUCGAGCUGGCCCCUCAUCCCAUGUACUCGAUUGGCUACAUCGGCUACUAUGGCAUAUCCAUGAUGGCUGCCAGCUACGAUGUGCUUUUCAUCUCCAUCCUAGCCCAUCUUGCCCAGCUCAUCUUCCUCGUCGUGGUCGAGAACCCACACAUUGAAAAGACGUACAACCCUCCUCCUCCUCGUAGCGCUGGCCAGAUGCAGUCGCUGGAUGGACCGAAAGACGCCGAUUCCGCCGCGAGGGAUUCUCCUGCGACGGUUCACAACAUGCUUGGCUUCAAGAACAUUGACCUGUUCCGCGUGCCGGAUUACACUACAAUUCUGCUCUGCAUAUAUCUCGGUGUGCUCUCGCUCGCAACCCCGAAAACAGAGUUCUGGCAAGCAGCCUUCAUAGUCCACGCCGUUCUCUGGCGCCUGUGGUUCUCCUUGGGUCUCGGCUGGAUCUUGACUUUCCAGUCCAAGGAGAAGAGGUUCACCAGGCACUUUGUCAAGUACGGCGAGAGCGCCGGUGAGGCGUGGAGGCAGUGGAAGGGCCUCUACCACGUCAGCACCGUUAUGUGCCACGGUUCGUUCAUCGCAGCUUGCUGGAAGAUGUUUACGGUACCUGCCGAUUGGACGCAGGAAUGGGCGAUUCUCAAGCACGUCGUGGGAGCCGGGCUGGUUUCUCUUCAGAUCUGGACUGCUGUGAGCAUAUACGACGAGCUGGGCGAGUUCGGCUGGUUCUUUGGCGACUUCUUCUUCAACAGCGGUGCCAAGCUGACGUACAGAUCCAUCUAUCGCUUCCUCAACAACCCCGAGCGCGUCAUGGGCUCUCUAGGUCUGUAUGGGGCAGCUCUCAUCACCUGGAGCAGAGCCAUCUUCGUCCUUGCACUCAUGAGCCACCUGCUCACGCUUGCCUUUAUUUCAUACGUCGAAAAGCCUCAUAUGCAAAAGAUCUACGGCCAGAGUAUUCGCGAGGAGGCUGGCCUGACCAAAUUUGUCAAGCGGUCCCUGCCCCCGCCAGUAAAGGAGUGGUCUGAGAGCGUGGACAAGGUCCUGGAUGAUGCCAAGGCGUUUGUCGAGGACUUUGUGGAGUCGGCCAGACCCAAACUUGCCGCUGGAGUCUCGACGAUUGUACGCGACACCACAGCCCUCUUCAACACCUAUCCCGCACGUCUCACCAUCUCGCAGCUGAACCCGUCACUCGCAGGCCUGGACCCCAAACAAUACUCUCUGUCCCUGGAGGGCACCGUGGCGCAAAAGGCUGCCAGUGAACGUUCGACCGGCAAGGAGAGCAUCCAAGGCAGGUUCCCCAAGGACGUCAAGACACUGGUGCUGGAGUAUGGUGCGCCUAUCAGGGUCAAGUGGACGGCACCUGCAAACCACAGCAAGAACGACUGGGUCGGGCUCUACAUGGUGAUCGACAACAGGUCCAGGGAAGUUACCGAGGUGCCCUCCCAGGGUCGCUGGGUGCCCACUUGCCCCGGGGUUUACGACCGUGCAACCGAUGGCGGCAUCGUGACUGCGGACCAGCCGCUGGCCGACCAGCCUGACAUGGUCCAGGGAGAGAUGAUAUUUGAGGGAGACAGGCUGUGGUGGACCCAGGGCACUUUCGAACUAAGAUACCACCACGACGGCUCUUACAAUGUCAUGUCGGUAUCGGAGCCUUUCGAGAUCAAGAUUGGGCGAUUCGAUGAGAACUUGGACGAGGAGGUCUUGGCCGGCGGUGGCGAUGUUUACGAACGAGCCGUCGAGUCGGAACUUCUGCCAUUGGUGCGCAACUGUCUCGACCGCGACCCGGAGGUUGCCCCAAGCACCGUGGACGAGCCGUUUGGAAGCCUGGUCGAACGCGAUAGCAAGUAUGCCAAGAGGGUGGUUUAUGCGAUCCACCACAUGUUUGGUAUCGAGUUCGCACCCGCAGUUGUUCCAGCGGACGGGAAUGUCAGGAAGCUGGCGUGGCGCAUUUGCAAUGCCAAACAAGUCCUUGCUCCUUACAGCAUGUCAAAAUCCCGAGGAACUACGACGCCCAUUGGCGAGAAAUUUCUUGAGACUCCUUGA